GGUUUUUGAGCCACUGUGCGUAUGCGCUACUUCAAGCGAAGAAACUCCGUCUCCAGGAUACAGAGGGAAGCAGUGGUUUCUAGCGUGACAGAUGGACACAAUGGCAGAGUGACUGAGAUGGAUGGAAGAAGCGAAGUUUGAAUCCUCAACCCUCCAAUGACUCCCCGAGCCACUGUCAUAAGUGAUGCAACGUGUGCAGUGUCUUCACCUGAAACAUGUCCUGCAAACUGUGUGUGCACUGGAAGCCGUCAUCCUCCGCAGCUUCGGCCCUGAGGGAGGACAGGUGCUGUUCACCCGAGACACUGGACAAGUAAUGUUGAGCCGUAGUGGGACACAAAUUCUCACAGUGCUACAACUGGAACACCCGCUUGCUCGGAUGGUGGUGGAGUGUAUCAGGAAGCACAGCAGGAAAACAGGGGAUGGAUCAAAGUCCUUUAUCCUCCUGGUGGCAUCAUUAUUACGGACCAUUCAUAGUGCAGCCUCUAAAGAGCCAAUUGUAUCACACAAUUAUAAGUCUCGGGCAACCGCAGAGUCUGCCACUGCCAGGCGCUUGGUGGAGCAAAUGCUGGAGUUCACACAGGAGAAACUGGAGGAUCUUAUCGCCGUUGCUGUGGCUCCCCGUGGAGUUCGUCUUUUGGUAAAUAAUUUAUCUGCAAAUGCAGUGACUGACCAUGACAACCUUCAGAAGUUGCUUGGGACUUUCUUUUGUACGCGCUUGGGUUGUACCCACUGUGACUUAAUGAGUGAACUCAUUUGCAAACUGCUCAUUAACUGGAGGUGUUUUACUUUCUCAUCACUCCAGUUUCUAAAUGACAACUUCCCUGCCCUGCAUACAGCUGUGGUAGGCUUUCCUGUUAGUUGUUCACGUUUAAUUGCAGGACAAGUCAUCCAUAGGGACUUUGCAACACCCCACCACAACGUUCGCCAGGACCCAGUUAAGGCAGUUGUAUUUACCAUAUCCCUGCAACCAAAAUGGCUUAAUGCAGAAGAAAUACUGGAGCUACAGACACGAACGAUGGGGGAUCACGGAAAUCAUCAUGACAGGAGUAUUUUGCACUUUAGUGCCUGGGCUGAAAACUCACUGGAGUGUAUUUUUGCAAACCUUCAGACUCUUGGAGUCUCGAUUCUCCUGUCUUCAGUGAAACAGUCUGAUGCUGUCCUGGCUUUAGCUACACAAGCGGAGAUGUGCGUUGUGGAGUGUGUGAGUGAAGAUGAGCUGGCUCUCUUUAUACACCUGAGUGGGGCCUCACCUGUCACAGACUGCCGUGGGAUUCAACCAGUGCAUGUUGCUUCUUUGACCUCUUGCCAGCCAAUACAUUUGGGGGCACAUAGGUAUGUUCAUGUGACUUUCCCUGAUUCCAAGGAAGAGAUGGCCAAACCAAGUACUGUUGUCAUCUGCGGCCUAGGGGAAGGGCAAACAGAUCAAUAUGCACGUGCAAUUGAGGACGUCAUCCAUAUGCUGCGUACAACGUGGGAGCCCUUGGAUGCAACUACAAUACCUGUACAAUCAGGCAAAUCUUCAUCUUCAAUUUUGCCAGGCUUUGCCAUAACUGCUGGUGGAACUUUUGAGUUUCUCUUACAUCACACUCUCUUACAACAUGGCAAAACUCAUACCAUUUCCAAUCCCACAGAUACAGAUGUCCCCAUUGUGUGCCAGCUCUUGGCUGAUGCUUUACUGUGUCUUCCGAGACAUAUUUACUCUGACAAUCUAAGACGUUUUCUGCAGGUUCAAACAGGAGUCAGGAGUUGUGAUCCUUCCCAACCGGAUAGAAUCCUUUGCAAGUCAGAGUUUAGCCAAGCACUAAAAGAGCCAAGUAUGUAUUCAUCAUCAAACAAUUUUAAAAUGUCAUCCGGACUUGAAUCUGUCUCCUGUAAAUACUAUCUAAUUAUGGCUGUACUGCAGUGUGUCAAAAGUCUCCUCCGAGUGGACACUGUGUUGCACGUGUCCUCUGACUUAAAUCCAAAACCAUCCAGACCCACGUAUUCCUCUGAUGAUGAAGACUAAUGUCUGAAAGGUGUUUACUCAGGUACCAUUUUGAAUAUUUUGCACUUUAAACAGUUUACAGUUUCAUCUUUGUUUGCAUAUUUAUAUGAAGGAUCGUUAGAAUUUUUCCUCAUAUUUGCUGCAGAGAAUACUAGGUGUCUAUUAUGUCCAUGUGUUUUAAUAUGUAAUUUUUUUCGCCCUCAUACUUCAUGAAAUGAAUGAAUGAAACAUAUAACCAUGUAUUUUUUCUUAUACAGAAUUAUAGACUUUUUAAUUUACUGAGUAGAUCUUUGUCAGAUUGCUUUUUACCAUUUUUGGCUUAAAUAAAUGUAUUCGAGAAUUACAGUAUUCUAGCCAACUUCUCUUGAGGCGCAUUUUUUCAAGUUGCUGAAACUACACUGUGCCCUGUGAUUGGCUGGCGACCAGUUUAGGGUGUACCCCGCCUUAUGCCCGAAGACAGCUGGGAUAGGCUCCAGCACCCCCCGCGACCCUCGUGAGGAAAAAGCGGUAGAAAAUGAAUGAAUGAAUGAAUGAAACUACACUUUUCUGAUUAAUCAGGGGUCCUAGUAGGACCCAAAAGAUGGCAAAAAAAACCCGCCACUUUCCCAACGGGUCAAUUUGAAACCUUUUUUCCAGGUCUGUGGUUGUUGUGAAAUUGCAUAGUUGCAGUUCCUAAAAGUACACUUUUCUAGUCCGGGGGAUGGGGGAAACCUACCAUACAGUCAUCUUUUCUCUGAGGAGUUGCCAGUUUUAUCAAAACUAGAUUUCUAUUGAAAGGAAAAGCAAAAAGUACCGGUAGUCCUGAAGGCUUUUCUUGUUUGAAUGGACAGAUUACACUUCAGUACACUACUCUAGUAAUGUUACUUCAUCAACAUAGUGUCAGCUUCCAUAACCACACGGACGACACACAUAUAUAUACAUCCCCGCAGAGCCUGAUGGCAUUACAAAUUGCCUUACAGCAAUAAAUGAGUGGAUGGGCAGGAACUGCGUUCCGCCUUAGAAACAUAGCCAAAGUAUUACCAGUUAUAAACAGAAAGGAGGCCGAAAAACUGAUACAUGCUUUUAUUUCAAGCAGACUUGACUACUGUUGUGUGUGGGAGAACACAUCCCUUCACUGGCUACCGCUAACCUACAGAAUUCAUUUUAAGAUACUACUCCUCACCUACAAAGCCUUAAAUGGGACAGGACCUAUAUACAUGGCAAACUCACUGAUCAAUUACAUACCAAAUAGAACACUAAGGUCAGGUGACAUGGGGUUACAUAGCAGCUCCAAGAAAUACUACAAAGAAAAUUGGGGAUACCGCCCUUGCUAACUAUGCACCAAUACAAUACCAAAGGACAUUAGAGAGGCAAAUUAAAAACAUUUUCAUUAACCUUUGAAAGGAGAUGAAAAUGGGGCUAAAUACAUAAUUUGUGUAUGUGAGGUUUUACUGCAACUCGAACUAAAUUGAAAAUUACAUUUUUAUUUAAAUUCUGUUCAAUUUGUGUUAAUUCCAUUUUAUUUAAUUUUAUGUAUAAUCAAUUGUUUCUUAUUUUUACCCGUCUCAAGCCUUUUCUUUUUAUAAAAUUUCAUUUUAUGGAAACUUUCUCGAUGUGUAGCACUUUGAGCUAUAAUUUUUGUGUCAAAGGUGCUAUACAGUAAGUAAUAUUAUUAUUGAUUGGCAGCUAAUGCAUGACAAACAGCAUGAUGGUCCAAACAGCUGUCAGGGUUUUUUUUUUUUUUUUUACAUAUUUUUUGUAAAUUCUUUUCAUUCUAAUGUAGUUUUGCUAAAUUUAACACACUACAUAGUUUAUGCUAGGUUGUGCAUUCAAACUAAAAUUAUAUAAAAAUGUGCAGCUAC